AGCAGUACCUCCAGAUUUAGACAGAGUGAAGGAAAUCCUGAUGAAAGCGAAGAAAGAAGCAAACAUUAGUGAGCUCAGAGUGGAUGUGAGCUUCAUGCCAGGAGUUACUGGAACUGCAAUAACUAAAGUACGACUGGUGGGCUACAGUGAGGAUGUUAACAAGCUCAAUGAGGUCCUUCAUGGUUUCCAAAAGAAUGAAGUUGAUAUUCAAGAAGUGGUAAACUUGUCACAUCCUGAACUGGUUGACUGCUUCGAUAAAUUGUUAGACCUGAUUGGCAUGAAGCAAUCUAAUGUGACCUUGGAAGCCUCACAUGUCCCACAUCCCUGUGUGCUCGUGAAGGGUCCUCGUUCUCUGGUUCAGAAAGUUCAGACAGACUUAGCCACGAGUCUAGCGCAGCUGUCAACUGAUACGGUGAUGUUAAAUGGACCGGGGGUGCAAUUGUACUUCCAGGAAGAAGGCAGACAAAACAAAGAGCUGUUAGAGAGAUCCUGUCAGGUCAUCAUCAGGGAACAACAAGAAGUUUAUUCUCAAAGUACCACAAGUGUGUCUGAUCUUUACCCAGAGCCACUAUACAUUAACGUCAUCAGCUCCAACCCAGACAGACUGGAAAGCAACACUGCCAGAAGUACACCAAACACAACAGCUGUUAACAAAACAAACCUGGAGAUCAAGCUUAGCACUUUGGAAGAUGAACAGGUGAAUGUGGUGGUGGCCCCCAUGGUAUCCAAAAAGCUUACUUCCACUAAAGUUGGUAAAUGUCUACUGAAAAAAGCAGGAAAUCCAUUGCAGAAGGUCUUUCAUCUGAUAGCUCGGAAGUGGACCCUUUCUGCUGGUAAUGUUAUGGUGGUUGAUGCACCUCCGGCUCUGAGCUGCUCUAAGAUCUUCUUCAUUGAGUGUCUGCCAUGGGAUGGAGUUGAUGGCCUCAGCAUGCAGACACUUGCUAUUGGGCUAAAAAGGUGUUUGGAACUCUGUGUAGAGGAAGGCUGGUGUUCAAUUGCCUUUCCAAUCAUUGGACCCGGGGUAGUUCUGAAAUAUCCCCAGAAAGAAGCCAUUCAAGUGCUGACUGACAGCAUUGACCAGUUUGGAUUAUCUGGGUCAUGUGAAUCUCUUCACAACAUCUAUAUUGUCAUUAAACCAGACUAUCAAGACUCUGAGGAGUGCUACCAUGAGGUCUACAGACAGCUGAGCUUGAAGAUCAAGCAGAGCGGUCAAGCCACCUUCAAGUCCCUCAAGAGUGACCUAACUGGCAUAACUGUGAAAGUCCGAGGUGGGGUUGAACUAGAAGUGGUUUUUGGUGACAUUGUUAAUGAGACUACAGAUGUUGUGGUGAACUCAACUGACUUCACAAAUUUUCAAGGUGGUGUAUGCCAAAAAAUCUUAACUAUGGCUGGACCUCAGGUUGAGGCUGAACUCAGAAAUGCAAAAGUAAAGAAGGGAGAUAUUUUAACAACCUCACCUGGAGGGUUCCCAUGUAAAGCUAUUUUACAUGUGUGUGGAGAAAAAAAUGUGAGUCUCAUUGAGAAACAGCUGCUUUCUAUCAUUCAAACUUGUGAGUCUUCUGGAUACAGGUCUGUGGCCAUUCCUGCCAUCUCUGCUGGAUCUGGUGGUUUGGACCCCAACCACGUUGCAUAUGCCAUCCUCCAAGGGGUUAAGACUGGUGCAACUUUCCGUCCUCUCCAGUGUCUCACCAACAUUCGCCUUGUCCUCAACAAGUUCAGUGUUUUCCUGGCAUUUAAAAAGCGAGCAAUGCAGAUGUUUCCAUCUGCUGUUAUCAACACAGUUGUUGCACAAGCCACCCCAGUUAUGAACAUAGACCCAAGCAUGCUUUCUACCAGCUCCAGAGUUCAACAUUACACCUUCAUGAUUGUUGGACUAUGCAGAAAAAAUGUUGACAAUGCCACUGCAAAUCUCAAAAGUCUGUAUCAGGCUGAGUGCACUACGCAAAUCUUCAGGCAGGAUGAACUUGCAGGCCUCACUCAAGAUGAUGUGAACCACUUAAAGCAGUUGACUGAGGUCCUGGGUGUGUAUGUAUUGGAAGACCAUUUUAAUCCAGGCUGCUGGACUGUGAGUGGGCUGAAAGAUGGAGUCCAUCAGGUGAUGCAAGUGAUUAGAAAAUCUGCUACGUAAAUAUUUAGUCAAGCAAAAUACUGAAAAUCCACUUUUUUUCUUACAUAUCUGUGAGACAGAAGAGGUGUGUAAUAAAAUACAGAUAGAUAUUAGGUUUUGGUAAAAGAAACAAAACAAAAACACACCCAUACGUUUGUUUAUAGUGAUCUGAGUUUCUUGAAUACCUCAAGUAGCUUAGCACCAACAGAAAUGUGUGAAAUGCACUCUGUUCUGCUGAGCACAGAAAAAAAAUAACCAGCCACAACAUUUAUUUGUAAGUUUGUGAUUACAGCAAAUGUAAAUGCCAAAGUUUUUGAAUUUGUGAGCAUGUCUGCAAAUCAAAGCAAGAAUAAACAUCCUUCCUGGGAUAUUAACACUC